UCCCCCGCUGCCGGUUCGACUCGAUCCGGCCGGCCCCGACCCGCCGGAGAUCGAGGAGGGCUCGCCUGAGGCCCAGCAGGCCCCGCGGCGACCGGGGUCCCCGGCAAUUCCGCCGCCAAGGAGGUGCGGAGGCGCAUCCCCGCGCCCGCCCGCGCUCCCUCCCUCCCUCCCUCCCGCUCCGCUCCAGGGAAGGGAAAGCGCGCAUCUUGGAAGGACGAUUUGUCCGUUCGUCGUCGUCCCCCAGCUGGUGCGGUGGGUCGGCUCGCUUGCUCAGCUCACCUCAGCUCACGGGGCCGGAUUUGGUCUGGCGGUGCGGGUGCGGUUGGGGUGCGAAUUAAAAAAGGGCGAGGAGAGGGGGAGUGGUUAGUUCUUCCCUUGGCCGCUUGCAGCGGGGGCGCUAGCUGCUUCGUUGGCUCGCUCGUGCCAUUAAAGGCGUCCCCUUCCUCCCUCCGCCCCCCUCCCUCUCCCCCCGUCCCCCGGUGGUUGGGUUCUCGGAAGAUCUGCGGCGGUUCUUGCCAGGGGUUUGGGCAGAUUCGGAGGAAGAAGACGGGGGCCGGCUCUGAUUCGCCGUGGUAUUUAUGUGCCAUGAGGAAGCUCUUCUUCUCCGAGUUGACCUCCUGCAAGGAGACCAAGCUCCAGUCCGCCACCCACUCAUGGCUGCCCAUGGACAAAGGGAAGCUCUCCAAGUUCACUGGCCACUCCAGCUCCUCCUCCUCGAUAGAAUCUCUGAUGAAAAUGCCGGAGCCGCCGGUCCUCCCGCACUUCAAGCCCGCUGACUACGUCGACAUACUGGCCCAGAUUCACGAGGAGCUGGAGUACUGCCCUCCCGAUGAGAAGUCGUGCCUGUACCUGCUCCAGUUCCAGGUUUUCCGCGGGCUGGGUGAGGCCAAGCUGUCGCGAAGGAGCCUCCAGGCUGCCUGGGAGAAGGCGAGCACGAUACACGAGAAGCUCAUAUUUGGGGCAUGGCUCAAGUACGAGAAGAGAGGAGAGGAGCCGAUAUUGGACCUUCUUGGCUCGUGCGGCAAGUGCUCUCAAGAGUUCAAGCUGCUGGAUUUCGUCUCGCAGAUCUCCGCCGAGUCGCAUGGGAUAAGCUAUGACGAUGAAUCUGAUGAGUUCCAGGGCUCCCCUGUGGUUCAUUUCCGGAUAAGGGAUGACAUGAUUGCAUGCGAUAGGCGGAAGCUGGCGGCCUUGUCAACUCCACUGUAUGCGAUGCUUAACGGUGGGUUUAAGGAGUCGCAUCUUGAAGUCAUUGACAUGUCUCGGAAUGGCAUCUCGCCUAUUGGUAUGCGGGCCAUCAGUAAAUUCAGCCUAUCAGGAAGACUACCGUAUUUGUCAGCAGAAUCUAUUUUGGAGAUGCUUGAUUUUGCUAACAAAUUCUGCUGCAAGGGCCUCAAGGAUGCUUGCGAGCAAAAACUUGCUUCUUUUGUUUCUUCCAGGCAAGAUGCCAUAGAUUACAUGGAGUGUGCUAUUGAGCUGGGCUGUUCCAUACUUGCCGCGUCAUGCUUGCAGGUGCUCCUGAAUGAGCUUCCAGAAUGCUUGAAUGAUGAGCAAGUGGUUAGGAUAUUCUCCUCCGCGAAUAAGCAGCAGAGAUCCACUAUGGCUGGCAAUGCAUCUUUCUCCCUAUAUUGCCUUCUUGGUGAAGUCUCCAUGAGCAUCAGUGCAACAUCAGAUGUCACUGUAAGCUUCUUGGAGAAGCUGGUUGACUCAGCAUCAGAUUCUAGACAGAAGCAGUUGGCCUUGCAUCAAUUGGCUUGCGUGAGGCUGCUAAGGAAAGAUCAUGCUGAGGCUGAGCGCCUGUUCAAUGCCGCCUUUACCGCUGGUCAUGUCUACUCGGUAGUGGGCUUGGCUAGAUUGGCCUCUCUGAGGAGUAAUAAACAUUAUUCUCUCAACUUGCUUGACUCUGUCAUGUCAUCUCGGUGGCCUCUUGGGUGGAUGUAUCAAGAGAGAGCCCUAUAUCUGGACGGUGACAGCAAGUUGGAGAAUCUCAAUAAGGCUACUGAACUGGAUCCUACCCUUACAUACCCCUAUAUGUUUCGAGCUGCAUCAUUGAUGAAAAGGCAAAGUGUUGAAGCUGCCCUGAUGGAGAUUAACCGGAUCCUGGGGUUCAAGCUGGUCCUGGAAUGCUUAGAGCUAAGGUUCUGUUGCUACCUUGCUCUAGAGGACUACAGAGCUGCCUUAUGCGAUGUACAGGCAAUCCUCACGCUUGCUCCAGAUUAUCGUAUGAUUGGUGGUCGGGUGGCUGCGAAGCAGCUGCGUACGCUUGUAAUGGAGAAUGUAGAGCAAUGGACGACUGCUGAUUGCUGGAUGCAGCUUUAUGAUCGGUGGUCCUCUGUGGAUGAUAUUGGAUCCCUCUCGGUCAUAUAUCAAAUGCUGGAGUCAGAUGCUGCUAAGGGAGUACUGUACUUCAGACAAUCUUUGCUGCUUCUCAGAUUAAAUUGUCCCGAGGCUGCAAUGCGCAGCUUGCAGCUUGCUCGUGAGCAUGCGGCAAGCCAACAUGAACGACUUGUUUACGAAGGAUGGAUACUGUAUGAUACUGGCCACUGCGAGGAAGGAUUACAGAAAGCGGAAGCAUCGAUUGCCAUACAGAGAUCAUUUGAGGCCUUCUUUCUAAAAGCUUAUGCUUUAGCUGAUUCGAGUCUUGAGGCGUCAACCUCAGCAACAGUCGUAUCGCUUCUUGAAGAUGCAUUACGGUGUCCCUCAGAUAGACUUAGGAAGGGCCAGGCUUUGAAUAACCUUGGGAGUGUUUAUGUGGAUUGCGGGAAUCUGGACUUGGCAGCUGAAUGCUACAUUAACGCUUUAAAGAUUGGCCACACGAGAGCUCAUCAAGGCCUUGCCAGGGUUCAUUUCCUUAGGAAUAACAGGACCGGUGCAUUCGAGGAAAUGACCAAGCUGAUAGAGAAGGCCAGGAGCAAUGCAUCAGCGUACGAGAAGAGGUCUGAGUAUUGUGACCGGGAUCUAACUAAAGCUGAUCUGCAGAUGGUCACCAAACUUGACCCCCUCCGGGUCUACCCCUACAGAUACCGUGCUGCUGUUCUGAUGGACAACCACAAGGAGAAAGAUGCCAUCUCAGAGCUGACUAAGGCAAUUGCCUUUAAGGCGGACCUGAACCUGCUCCAUCUGCGUGCGGCCUUCCACGAGCACGUGGGUGACAUCUCAGGCGCCCUCCGGGACUGCCGCGCAGCACUUUCCGUGGACCCCAACCACCAGGAAAUGCUCGAGCUUCAUCAUCGGGUGAACAGCCAAGAACCCUGAGCCCGUUGUUGUACAUACAGGAGGGGCUCCCAUAGCGAAAACCCAUACCAGUGUAUGUUCUGUACCAUACACAGCAAGCAGUAAUUUUUAGUUUUGAUGGUAUCUAGUGCGGCUGUAAGGAUUGUGAUCAUCAAACCGACUAAAAUUAAGCCACGUGCUAUAUGGAAAAUAUUACAUUCCACUUGUGUCACUUGGCUAACACUAACUGGGCAAUAGGCUUCAGCAUGCAACAAUAUGCAUUGAACCGAAGGCCUGGCUGUUGUGUCCAUCAGUUUUUGCACUGCUGUAAAAUCCACUUCUUUUGUGUUAGUACUUAGUAGUGAAUCUGCUGCAACAUGCAGUUUGAUUUGUCCAUUGUGCUACCAGUUUCAUGUUUUGUAAACUGCUAAAUAACACUAUUAGUUGAUCCUCAGUCUCCAGAUGUAAAGAUAGUUCAAGUA